AUGGGCAGGCAACACAGGCUACAGGGUGACAAGACGUUGUGUCUCUUGGCUCUUCUCCCCUACGUAUCCCCGCCGCAGGUCCAAAACGCUGGGCGCGCUGCAGGAGCCUCCAGUCAGCGCGACGUGUUGGACAAGGCCACCCCAAGAGGCUGGCUCGAGCUGGCUCGGGCUAGGGCAGAUCUCUCCGACCGUCUGCCGUCUCCCGUCUCCCUUGCAUUUUGGGCCCUCCGUAGCGUGUCUGACCGGAACCCUGACGAUCGCUGCGCGCUCAACAAGCCGCAGAGCCCCAUGCACAGGCAGGGGGUGUCCGAUCCUGCCCGUUUCUGGCCUAGCGAUACGGCGGUUCUCUGGUCCUGUGGAGCCUCCGCCGCUCAAGGGCUAUCAAGCCCUUCCGGCUUUCCCCUCGCGCUGCCUGGCGCCGCCCGCCACCGAACCUUGACCAUCAUUCAAGGCGACAUGUCCAGUCCCCCCGAGCCCACGCCCAAGCCCGCCCCAACGCACGGCGCGGCGGCACGGUGGAGACGACGAACACACGGUGCAAAACGUGGGCGCGUCGGCGUAACAGGGAGCCGCAGCCAGCCCACGCUACGCAGGGUGGGGACUCCAGCGGUGGCUCCGAGUCAAGCCUCUGCAGCCUUCAUCCUGCCUCCCUCCCCUGCUCCCGCUACGACGACCCUACCACCGCCUGCGUACGACGUGCAUGGCCGGGCAUGUACGAUGAUAUUGCUACACACGGCCAAGCGGGCAAGCAAACGACCGGCGACGGGGGGGCUUCCUAGGGACCAGGCCGACGUCACAACCCGUUCGUCCCUUUCACCCUCCCGAAACCUCGCCCAAAUCUUGAAUCUUGCCAUGUGAAUCCGCCCGGGCCCGUCCCCGUCACCUAUGACACUGCCGGUUGGUCCCAAGUCCGUGGAAGAUUCCAUGGAACCUCCUGGCCCGUGGGAAGCCUGAGCCGCAGCCCCGAGAAGGGAAAAACUAAACGGGGUGACGACAGGCAUGGUGUUUUCCAGAAGGAAUGCCUGCCCGGGCCAAUGUUUUUUCUCCACCCGUCUUGAGGAGCCCUGCUGCAUCUGCAGGGCGCAGAUAGCGUCCUUUGUCACGGAUGUGCUCGGCCACACGGAACAAGACCUGCCAGCGCAGCACAGGGAAAGAGCAACGAUGCACAUAUCCGCACGUCCUCUCUCCUAUCCCCUCGUCGCACGUAUCCACCAGGCCUCUUGUCGAUCCUCGGCUACCUGCCUUUCGAAGAAGAUGAGAGAAGUUGACACAACGAGGCAAGGGGGUCUAAGAGUGGGAUAUGCAACUGUGCACUGUACUCCGUACUUGGUACGCCGUCCACAGUAUGCAACAUGCGCCACCCGCCGAAUCAGACACGGCUCCUCAGCUUGCCCAUGAAAUCCCACAGCCUAGGAUAUCCACUGAGUUGUUUUUUUUUUCAUUUUAUUUCCGUUCCGUGCUUUUUACUUUGCUCGUCCAACAUCAGACGCAGUCUGACGCCGGGAUGUGAAAAUUCGUUCAUGUUAGCGGUUCCACCUGGCUGUGGCAUCAUCGCCUAGCCAUCAGGGAUGCCGCUGGCUCGCCUCCCUCUUCGUUGCUGCCGUCUCAGGGGUAAAGAUGGCCCUCACUAGACGAGUGACUAUGGGUAUAAGUAUCUCGAGCAUCGC